CUGGAAUUUGUGUCAAAUUUCUUCGGUUUGGGGGCAACCAAAAAAUAGUUUCAAGCUUGUGUUUUCGGAUUUCUGUAAUUCCAAGCUUUAUAGGUCAGGGACAACGCUAUGGAAGAUUGAUCACCGAGUCUGGGCGCUGUGCAAGGGACAUACAGGCAAGAUGGCAUUGGCACCCGAGGAUAACUCUUUGUAUUUGAACAUGGAACGCUUGAAAAAGACCCAGAAGCUCAUCCACCUUUAUCGCUCCAACGAAUGCCUGUGGAAUCCCCAAUCUCCUGGUUACCACAGCAGUACCGUAAAGGAUGACGCCUGGCGAAGGAUAACUCUACUUAUGAAGGCCGGUUUAACCCCUGACCAGGUGAAGCUGCAGAUACUCGCCCUCCGGAGCUAUUACUCACAGGAAUGCUCCGCCCUGCAACGGAGUCAGCAAGAAGGGUAUAGCUUUGUUCCCAGGCACUCUUAUUUUGAGGACCUACAGUUCUUGGGAAACCUCGGUAUGGAAGAUCCAGACGAGCCAAAAAUCAGCUGUAGCAUCAUCCUAGACGAAAGUGGUACUAUUACACCCAAAUACUCGCCCAACAUGUCGGAGGCCACAUUCUUUUCCCCCUUAGCUUCAUUGAGUCCGUCCGCCAGUUUAUCCAAAGACGGUUACACAUUUUACAAGAUGGUACUAGAACCUGAACCACCCAAUGAAGAGGAACAGAGGAGAAUCAAAGUACGAUCUACCUCCGGCAAUGAUCGCUGGUAUCCCACGACCUACUGUGUAAAGUGCAACACAGGGGAGGAACAGAAUGGCUGUGAAGGGUGCGAAGGAAGAGCCCAAUCCCGCGGGACUAGUCCCGAAAGUAGAAGUUCCUGGGAUGGGAAUCAGUGCGGUUGUAGCAAAGCGCGGACAGCCGAUAACCCUCAAGAAAAGCCAAGAAACGUAACAAUUCGAAGACAGGAUGAAAGUGCAUUACCGAGCAGUCGAAAACGUUCUGGACGAACCCAUCAGAAUGGUGUCUUUGUGGAUCUGGGCAACUGGGACGAUGGCGAGUCCAGCAAUAAUGCAGAGCGGCACGAUAGGUGGCCAGGUCCCAGACUGUGUUCGCAAAACCGUCCGGAAUGGAAGCCCAGAUACCGCAAAGCUGUUCCAAAUGACGAUCGCCAGUCCAACUGCGGAGGUUGGAAGCGGAAUAACGAUGCCAUAUGCCAGCGACUUCAGGAUCAGUUAGCGAGGCAGGAGAACCAAGGUGGAAGAUACUCCGAAGAAGGUUCCGAAGAGUUAUCUGCCCAGAGCCAAAACUGCGACUGUAAGAAUGAUCGUCCUCGGUCGGGCGAGGAUCAGGUGAAUGCGAUGCUCUUACAGAAGGCGCAAAAGAAUAGGAAUUCCCAGAACACUCCAAAUGAUCCGGCUCAGUAUAACAACAGUCAGCCGAUUUCAGAUCAGGCUUACUAUAAUACCCAGCAACCAGUGGAAAAUCAAUGUUUUUGUAAUACUGACCAACUGAAUGCGGAUCCCCAGCUAUGUAGUAUGUAUGGAUGCCAGUGCAUGUACUGCAAUCGGACAGUGGUUCCCCAGGGAAACUACUACGUAAUGCAGCAGAUCGAUCAUAAUGCUCCAAGCUAUUCCCGAGCAGCUCCACAAGAUAACCAAGUUGGCCAAUUUUAUGGAGAAGGGAACUAUUUUGAUGAGUACGGGCAGCCUGCAUAUCCCAAACAACAGCGGGUGCACUGCAUCAAUACAGAAAAUAGGGAAAUGUGGGUACAGAACCAGUCCGCGGUCGAAGCUCCAAGCUCUGGCCAGAGGCCCAUGGCACCGCCAUCUAGAUCUAGGCCACAGGAAAUGGAUAGUGGCCUACCUCAGGCAGGUAGUCAGGCCGUAAGGGCUCCUCCUCAAAGUCUAGACAAAGUAUUUUCUUCAAAUAUAAAUAAGAUACUUCAGCCUGAGCAGCCUGUCCAGCAUCCUACAGCAAAAAAAAGACCAAAGCCACCGCCACGGAAUGUUGAGUAUGUGGAGUGUCCUGCCUAUAAGGGAACACAAACAUCUAACGACCAAAGAGAACGAUCCAGAAGUGGAAACUAUCAAAGCCAACGAGGAACUAAUAAUUCUGAUGAGGACUCCGUUGGUGGAAACGGUCAACCGAAAAGAUCAUAUGACGAUGCAAACCGAUCUCGUAAGAGGCAAGGUAAUCAAGACUCUGACCGUCCAGCUCCGGGGGAAAGUCCCUGUAAGUGUCCAGCGAGCAGUCGCAAUCAAAAUGAGGUGCGUCCUACCCAAAGACGAUCUCGCCAUGAUGAUAUGGUUGUUAGUAACCCCAAUUCCAACUAUGAGGAUUCGCCUUCUCCGCGGCGGGAAAGGGAUCCUGAUAGCACCCCAAGCAAAUCAAAAGUUUUUCAACUUCAAACCGACGAUUCUCAAUAUAUAGAGUGUCCAGCAUAUAGUCAGGAAAAUCCCGGGGAAUGCCCCUAUUCGAAAUGCACACAAGACGAUCCCAUUCAAACAAACCGCGAGGAAAGAACUGCCAGAAGGAGAAGGCCUCCUUCAAGGGAUCGGGACUAUGAUGAGAUGGAAAGCGCAACUUCCAAGAGAAGAUCCCAAGGUCAAGAUAGAAAUAGACCACAAAAUGGUGACUAUGAAGAGCAGAAACCAGGUGUCAGGAAGAGAUACAGUGGUCAAGGUCGGGAUGAUAAUUCUCGGAGCAAGAGAAAAUCAGAUGAAGAAGCUUAUACUUCAAAAAGGCGAAAGGAUGAAAUGUGUACCGAUAAUACGUGUCCCUACAAAAGUACUUCUUCUAAGAGAUAUAAUGAUCGUUUAGAUAGGGAAAUGGAAAACCCAAGAAAUAGUAGUGGGAAUGGCAAUGGUACAUAUCAGACCUCCAAAAGAAAGUACAAGGAGUGCAAUGAUAACACUUGCCCAUAUAUCAAUUAUGGGGCAGUUAAUGCACCCCCUAAGGAAAGGUCAAGGAGGCGACGAGAUUAUUCUAAAGAGUACGAAGAGGAAGAAAAUGAAACAAAGGGAAAGUAUAGAAGUGAGUCCCUAACUAGAAGGCAACAUCGAGAUAUACAUAGAUUUGAAGAUUCCGAAAAGAACCAGAAAGAAAUGGGGAGUUAUAGGCGUACGAGAAACGAAGAUCGCGAGGAUAUGGAUGAUUCAGAUGACAAUGUAUAUGAGCCAAGAAGAUAUAGGAAUGACAAUCGCGACUCUAAUAAGGACCCAGAUAGAUUCAAAAAGUAUUCGAGAAGGGAGGAUAGAAACUUGCCAAGCAAAGAUAAUGAUAGAUAUCAGGGAAGUUAUCGCAACGGAACCGAAUACAGAAACAAUACUGUAGAUGAGUGCAUGUGUGAAGACGAUUUCGACUCCGAUGAACAGGAUAAAGCCUAUGGUGUUUAUCCUAUAAGAGAUAAUGGAAAUCGAAGUCGCAAGGUAUCUGAUGAUUAUAGAAGAAACGAAACGUCUAGAAGAACCAAAAGUUAUGAUUAUGAGGACUCUGAGGAUGAGAAUGAAGAAUAUGCCAGAAACAAUAAUCGCAAACGAUUUGAAGACAGGGCACCUUAUUCGAGGGGAACGGAGAAAGCACCUUCCUAUUCGAGGGGAACUGAUGUAUACGAGUCGGAAUAUGACUGCUUCUGCAGUGAUAACGAAGUUCCCCAAAGUUCUAUGCCAAACAGAAGCAAUCGAACGGUCAGAAACGAGAACCAAGGAAGAACCAGAGGAAAUAUAGACGAAGUAGUAGCCGAUUAUAGUGAUUAUCCAAAAUACGGAAAUAGGAACAGCAACAGGGCGCCUGAAACUUCUGUGCCAAAGAGAACUAGGCAAGUUAAUCAGAAUUCCGAAGAUCCUGGCAAGAAUGACGCAGAUAUAAGUAAUGAAGUAGACGGCUGUGAAUGCGAACCCCAAGGAGGUGAAUAUUACUCAAAAUACCCAAAUGGAAAUACCAAUAGGACGCCGCAGACUCCAAUGCCAAACAGGAGUAGAAAAGAUAAUCAAGAAACCAAUGAUCCAGGAAAGGAUGACAGAGGUAAGAGAAACGACAUAGAUUACUGUGAGUGCGAUCUUAACGAAGCUGUAUACCCAAAAUUUGAAAAAGGCAAUACCAAUCAACAAGCCAAUGAUAACCAAUUUUUUUGCGAGGAUUGUGCAUGCGAUCCAAACGAACCCAAGAUAACUGCGGUCAAGGAACGAAACCAAGCUGGUAGUAUAUGCAUGGCACUCAAUGCCUUAACUGAAAGCAAGGAUAACAAAAAAGAGUCCAGCGGGAGAACCAAGAAACCAUUGAAGAAAGAUGGCAAAGAAGCCAGAACUAAGCCAGUAUCCACCAGUGACAACCAGUCGCCCACUGUCAAGAAGAGUUUCCGCCCCAAGACGGGCGUUUUUCCCAGAGUGCAGUCCCGAUCCGCCAGUCCAGCUCAUGUUCCUGGAGCUCAAAAGAGUCAGCCAGGAGAUCAGCCGGUCAAGAGACGAACUUCGACGAGGACUGCGGGACAAUCCAGUGCCGCCAAGAGAACCAUGGACACAAAUGCAGCUGCCAACAGCAAGUUGCCUUUUGAUCUAAACUCGGCCACCUAUUUUAUUUGCAAAUUACAGGACGAAGGUAACAACCACCAGUACCUCCUCGUGGUGCCAAAGAAGCCGAUUGGACCACCAGAUGGCCAACGGAUGGGCCCAGGACAGGAGUCUGUGAAGCAGCUGCACUGUCAGCGGCAGUGCUCCGGCUUUCAGAGCACGUCCUGGGUCGAUUUGUCGGCCACCACCCAAUCCCAGACAUCAGAGCCAACCCAGCCAACUCGUCCAUCCCGCCCAUCCCAGCACUCCCAGACCAGGGGUGGUGGUCUAUCCGUACUGGGCUCCUUCAGGGUUCCACCUGUCCUGGCCAGCACGGCGCUGGGCAUCAUCAAGGAGCACCUCGAUCGAUCCAUUCAUACAGGUUACAGAGAAGCGGUGUUUCCCUCCCGAAAGAUGCGGCGCACACUGCUAUCUAGAGCGACAUCUUCGCGGCCCAGGAGACCCGUUCUACGGCCAUCCCACAAGGCCAACGCUCCCAUCCUGGACGAGAACAGGACCCUACUGCUCACCAACAAUCCCUUUCGAGACUUGAGUUUUGGUGACAACAGACGAGAAGUUAUAGUCCUGCAUCCGCCGGUUCCUGGCUUUCGACCCUCGAAGAACUCCUUCAGCAGGGACGACGUGGAGAUGCAACACAUAACAGUGCCCAGCCAGGACAACGCUGGGCCUCCGUUACCACCCAGGCCACCCACGAAACCCAGAAAAAAGUAUCCUCGGUGAUCAACCCAUAGCUGUAAUGUCCUCACACAUACUUACCUCGAAUCAUCAUAUAAAGAACAGCGCCCAACCGAAGCCGAA